AUGACACGGGGUAAUCAACGUGACAACGAUCGGGCCAAGGCCUUGAAGAAGGCCGGCAAUAUAAAGAACAAGAACACCCAGAGCGGCAGCGAAUUCGCUAAGGCCAAGGAAGAUGCUGCUGCCAUCAUGCGCGAGAAGCAGAGAAAGGCGGAUGAAAAGAAAGCUGCCGAAGCUGCAUCAGGACGAGGCAAAAAAUAA